UGGCAGUUUACGCAUGUGGCUAUAUUGUUGUAACCUGGGAUUCGGUGUGGAUGUUAGUAUCAUGGAUACUUUUCUCUAACUGUGUUUUCCCCAGCAGUAUUGUCGCGGAAAUACUUUAUAAUGUCUAGCAAAACGGAAUUGAAGAUUAAUUCAAAAUUUGCGGAUAAGUAUGAGAAAUACCGCCAAAAGGAAGAAUUACAAAGGCUGAAAGACAAAUAUGGUGACCAGGCUGACGAGAGUGAGUCAGGUUCAGAGUCUGAUGAAGAUGACGAUGAUAGCGAGGUGGAACUUGACCCCAAACUUGAAAGGGAUUUCUACAGGACAUUGUCUUUGCUGAAAAAGAAGGAUCCUAAGAUCUAUCAGAGUGAUGCAAAGUUCUUCAUAGAGGAAGAUGUAUCUAUUGGUAAUGCCCAGCCUUCAACUUCAAAGAUAACUCAGAAGCCAAUGUAUCUCAAAGACUACGAGCGAAAAGUCAUUUUGGAAAGGGCAGGUAAAUAUGAGGAGGAAGAGAGCGAUGAAGAGGCUGCAAUGAGAGAGAGAGCUGCAUCACCAAGUUAUAUCCAGGAGCAGAGAGAACUGAAAGAGAGCUUUCGUAAGUUCAUCCAAGACAGUGAUGAAGAGGGCAGUGUAAAGGAAGAUGAUGACUCUCAGCUACUGAAGAGGAGGACCAAGACGCAGGAAGAGAAGGAUAAAGAAGAUGAGGACUACGUUAACUGGUUGAAAGGCCAGGCAGAGUUGGAGAGCCCAGAGGAACUGCAGGACAUGAAAUACUUGAGGGACUAUUGGAAUGACCCAGAGCUAGAUGAAAAGGAGCGUUUCCUUAGAGACUUUGUCCUCAAUAAGGGCUACAUAGACAAAGACGCAGAAGACCGGAUCCCCAGCUAUGACGAGGUGGUGAAUGAAUUGGAUGAUUCAGAGGAGGAUGGGGAGUCGUUCUUAGAGCGUCAGGAGGACUUUGAAAGACACUAUAACUUCCGCUUUGAGGAGCCUGAUGCCCAGAAGAUCAAGACUUACCCCCGUACCAUAGCCACCUCUGUUCGCUCCAAAGAUGAGCGGCGGAAGCUUAAAAGGGAGGAAGUGAAAAAUAGGAAGAAAAAGGAGAAAGAGCAGAAGCAUGAGCAGCUGAAGCAGUUAAAGAACUUGAAGCGUAGUGAGAUCAUGGCCAAGCUGAAGCAGUUGCAAGAGUUGACAGGCAAUGAGCAACUAGCAUUCAGCCAAGUUGACCUGGAUGGAGACUUUGAUCCCCAGCAGCACGACCAGCUCAUGCAGAAAUUCUUUGGUGAUGAAUAUUAUGGAGAGGAAGAAGGGGAGAAACCCCAGUUUGAUGUUGAAGUAGAGGAUGAACAUUGGAACUGGGACACAUGGAGAGGCCAGGUAGGAGUUGAGGAGUAUGAUGGUGAAGAGGAGCAAAAUGGAGUAGAAUAUGAGCAGCCCACUUGUGAAGAUCCAGAUUUUAUUAUGGAUGCUGACUAUGACCCUAGCCAACCAACCACCUCCAAGAAGCAGAAGAAGAAGGAGAAAAAAAAGAAUAAGCAGGAUGCCCUGAUCAUGGGAAAGAAGAAAAAGAAGUCUCAUUUUGCUGAGGUCAUCACCCAAAACAAACCAGUGUUUGAUCCCAAGGAGAAGUCCUUUGAGCAGUACUUGGAUGAGUACUACAAGCUGGACUACGAGGACAUUAUAGAUGACAUCCCCUGCAGGUUUCGCUACAGGCAGGUUUUGGCCAAUGACUUUGGCCUGUCUACUGAUGAGAUCCUAGGGGCCGAUGAGAAGGAGCUGAAUCGCUGGGUCUCCCUGAAGAAGACCUGCAUGUUCAGGUCUGACAAGGAGGAAAUGUGUGAUUUGCAGAACUACAAAAUCAAAGCGCGUAAUAUGGAGAAAAAGAGACAAAUCUUGAACUCUUUCUAUUUGGAAGAGGACAAAGAACAACCAGAGGGCAAGAACAAAGUUGGUAAAAAAAGAAGAGACCGGAUGAAGAAUUCUGUGAAGGAUGUCACUACCGGUGAGACAGAACUCAGUCAGGAAAGCUCUGCGUUGAACUCUACUGGGGUAGACCACGUAUUGAUAGAGGCAGGAGACCAGGCAGAUGAAGAGGACUUCCUGGUACCCAAAGCCAAGAAGAUUAAACUAGAGGAGACCGUUUCUACCACUCAGGAGAUGGCCAACUCCAGGACUGAGAAGCUAAAAUUGCCCAAGAAGAAACACCGGCAACCAGGGAGCCACCUAAUGUCAGGGAAGGGCCCAUUCAGGGUUAAGAUGGGUGGGCGAGAGUUCAGUGGACAGAGACUGAGGGCUUAUGGACUGAAUCCCAAGAGGUUGCACUUCAGGCAGCUUGGCAGACAGAAACGAAAAGCUCAAGAGAAAGCGGAAAAGAAAGCUAGGAAGAAGUGAGGUGGUCUGAGGUAAUACUGCAAACUAAUGUAAUUUUCCCUUCAUUUGUUAUUUGCUGUGAGUGAAUUAGUGACAAAAUCAAAGUUUAGUAUCUCCGGGUCAAUGUAACUAGCUACAUUUCCCCAAUGUUUGCUGUUAUUGGAACUAUAAAUCUGUGGUAAAUCUUGAUAAUUGCUUGUUCUGGGAACAUCUUUCAUAAAAUAUUUAAAUAUACAGCUACUUUAGCAGAUUGUCACAGGUCCAUUCACUGUUUUCCUCUAGCUGAUGGACUUUACUACUUCUGCAGUUAGCAUAUCUGUAUAUGCUUCAGCACCUUUCUAAAUGAGCACUAUAGCAUUGAUAUAUUGCCAUGUGCAUACAAUCACCUCAAGGUUUAGUAAUUGUACAUUUAAGUUUUUUUUUUUUAUGAAAGAUCUUUCUAGUACAAUAUUGUUGGGACCAUGCAACACUGCUCUUAAUCCCGUUUAACAAAAGUAUUUUUUGAAUGAUGUUAUGCCAUUCAAUUUUAUAUUUCAAUACAUUUUGUAUUUUUAUUUCUGAAUUAUUUACAUUACUUUAAUAUUUUGAAAAACUUUGACAUGAUUUUUACUGUCUUGUUUUUAUAUACAGUGCCCUGCAAAAGUUUAGACAUGACCCAAUUCUUUCAUUUUACAGGAUUGCAAAUAGUCAUUUACCUUUUGGAUGUCAUUUUAAAACACUGUAUGGUGACAUAGAACCGACGUUAGGCAAUUGUAAGAAAGGAAGAAUAUUAAGCUGCCAAAGUAUUUGACCUCUGCUGUUGAUGCUAUGACAGAUUAAAUAAAUGUCCCUUGUGACAAUUACCUUACCGUUACCCUCAACCUGUAAAUUGAUGUUGCUUUCACAUGUCCAUGACAAAACACCCAGUUUUAGGGUUGUUGGCCAUACUGUGAAUCUGACUGAAAAUGAAGACCAAAAGGCAUUCUAAAGUUCAAAGAAGGUAAAUACUUAGAUUAGUAAGUUUGAAACACCGACUCUAGAGCUGGCUGUUCCAUACGAACUAACUUGGAAGGGCCAUGGUCAGGGAAGCCAAGAACCCAGUGGCAACUAACAGUGCUUCAGAGUUUGUCUGCAGAAAUGGGAGAAUCCUUUAAGCCUUUAUGGCAGAGUGGCUAGACAAGUAAAAGGCAUAUAACGUGCCACCCAGGGUUUGUGAAAUAGCACUUAGGGCACUAUCUGGCAAAAACAAUGGCGCUCAUUAUCUGGCUAGUGUUGUCUGUUAAAGCGUUAGGAAGUCUGAUUGCUGUCAAAUGUGCCUUUUGCCAAGUUUGGUAAGCGGUUUGGACACUAGAUUAUAAUUUUGUUGCCAAUAAUUUGGCACAACUUGAUUUCACUAUCAUUAUAUUGUUUGUUUUUGCCAUUAACCCACAAUCUAAUAUAUUAAGUCUAUAACACAAUGUACAGUAAGUGAAGGGGUCUUGAGUACUUUCUGAAGCAACUGCACCUACCUCAAGACUUCAAAAGGUGGCUGCUAAAUAUUACUGUGCAUGGGUUGAAUAUUAAUGCAUGCAACUUGUUUUCUAUAUCCUAAACCGAGCCAAUGUCACCGUAAGACACAAUUGAUCUGUUUUUUUAAAUAAAAACAAUCAAGCCGGUCUGAA